AUGGUGUUGUUGCGUAGGCACCCAAAUUGGCAACAACGUGCAAGAGAGGAUGUGUUACAAAUCUUUGGCAUAAAAAAACUAGAUUUUGAUGGACUAAAUAAUUUGAAGAUCGUGACCAUGAUUUUGUACGAGGUUCUAAGGUUAUACCCUCCUGUACUAAAACUUGUUCGGAAUAUUGAGAAAGAAGUGAAACUUGGAAACUUAAUAUUACCUGUUGGAGUGGAAGUUUCCUUACCAAUUCUUUUGGUUCACCAUGACCGUGAACUUUGGGGUGAUGACGUUAAGAUGUUCAAUCCUGACAGAUUUUCUGAAGGAAUUUCCAAAGCAACAAAUGGUAGACAUUCAUUUUUUUCAUUUGGAGGAGGUCCUAAAAUUUGCAUUGGACAAAACUUUUCCAUGAUGGAAGCAAAGAUGGCAACCACAAUGAUUUUGCAGCAUUUCUCAUUUGAACUUUCACCAACCUAUACUCAUGCUCCAUCCCCAACGGUUACUCUUCAGCCACAGUAUGGUGUUCAAAUUAUUAUACGUAGAUGGGAAACAUAA